AGACAAAAAGAGGUGGCUGGAAACGAAAGUUCGGCCCGUGUGGACGUGAAAUGGUGACCGGGCCGUGGCCCCAAGCUGCCGGGGCCUGAGGCAGAGGGGCGGGGACAGGCCGGGGCGGAUCGGGUUCCGGCUCGGCCAGCGCGGGCUUUUCAAAAGUUCACGUUACCCAAUGGCAGGCGCGUCUCGGCACCCGGCCAAUCGGGACGGAGAGCUUGCCUAUAAAAGCGAGAGCCGGAGAAGAGCUGUUGUGAGUUUUCCUGAGCAGUGUCAGAAGGCUGAGCGUUUGCGUGUGAGAAUGGCCCGCACGAAGCAGACUGCGCGCAAGUCGACCGGUGGCAAAGCGCCCCGCAAGCAGCUGGCCACCAAGGCGGCCCGCAAGAGCGCGCCCGCCACGGGCGGCGUGAAGAAGCCGCACCGCUACCGGCCCGGCACCGUGGCGCUGCGCGAGAUCCGGCGCCACCAGCAGUCGACGGAGCCGGCGAUCCCCACAAGCGAGGCCUAUCUGGUGGGGCUCUUCGAGGACACCAACCUGUGCGCCAUCCACGCCAAGCGCGUCACCAUCAUGCCCAAGGACAUCCAGCUGGCCCGCCGCAUCCGCGGCGAGAGGGCCUGAGGGACUGCAGCGCCUCCCGUCUCGAUCGCUAGGAAACAGUUCAUUAACCCAAAGGCUCUUUUAAGAGCCACUCCAUUCCCACGGGAAAGGGCUGUCUCUCGCUGGUACUGAGUUAGUGAUUUAUUACGGUAUACGUUGUCGGGACGGGGGGUAGAGUUUUGGAUUAUGAUUUUUAAGCCUUUUAAGCUCGUGCUUGUGUAUGUUUUGUGUGCGGUGUCCUUUUCUCCUGAAAUCUGAAUUGGUGUGAAGGUGUCAGGGACGAUGGCACCUCCCGUGUUGGUCGUUAGGAAACAAUAGCCCAAAGACUUUGCAGCUAUCUACUCCAUUCCCAGAGACAAGGGCUGGAAAACUAUAUAAAUUCCUCUUCGGUUUAGUCAUAAAAAGUUCUGUAUUAAUGAUCAUCAAUUGGUAGGUAACUGAACAUGCUCAUGAGUUUAGUACUGUUUCCCUACCCUGUUUCCACCCCCCCAGCUUGUUAUUAAUCUGUUACCAUUAUCUCUUCAGCUGAUAGAUAAUCAACAGGGAUCCUGUUUUUUGCUUGUUUUGUUUUAAAAUCCUAAUUUAUCUGAUUCUGUGUCUCCACCCCUCUGCCCUCAGCUGUUUUGUCAUGCUGAUCUACCAGUGCCCUCCACUCCUCACUCCCCCAGACCUACUAGUGCCUCUCACUGCUGGCCUGCUGCACCUCACCCCCAGGACCUAGUCCUUCAGUGUGUGGGGAAGGGGGUGCGUAGAUAUAGGUAAUGCUUCAGAGGUUAGGGGGGGGCACAAGGCAAGCAGAG